CUCCAAGAUGGCGGCCAAACGGUAGUCGCUCUUUUCUGUCAGAAAGUAUUCAAGGGUUUGACGGUGAUAUUUCUUACGACGACUUCAAAUUGAACAUGGAACAGCUUCUUACGGAUGCGAAGCGACUUGUUAAGAAUCUAAGAGAUCAAGAAUCGACUUGUGAUUCGAUUCUUCGAGAUGCAUCUACUCUUAACAUGAAGAUGGAUGCCUACAAGCAGUUAAGAGAAGAAGUAACUGAGCUAAAUAAGGUCGCUAACCACAGACCAAGAAGUACCUUAAUUCUAGGGAGCGAAGAAGAGAAUGCCAGAAUACGGGAACUGCAGCAAGAGAAUAUUGAAUUACAGACUUCUCUUGCAGAAUAUCAAUCGGCCUUAGAACUGAUCAUGGCUAAAUAUAGAGACCAGGUACUUAGUCUGGUCAAAACUAACCAGAUAGAGUCAGACUGUACUGUAGCAUUAAAUAAUUAUAAGGAGCUUCAAGCCAAAGCAGAAAGAAUUUGUGAAAUGGCAGCAGUGAUGUCUAAAGCAAUAUCCAUUGAUGACAAUGCUGUACARGCAGAAGAGGAAAGAAUAGCUCGCUUGGAGAUUGAAAAUCGUGGUUURAGAGAAUUACUAAGAAUAAGUGGGGUUUCAGAGAAUGACUUUGAAAAAUGCAAAAAUUGAAUUUCAGGUAGAGAACUUUGAGCACUAGAAGUGUGUAAAUGCMUUGCGCUUUAGUGGUAAAUYUGAGUACAAUUGCGGUAAUUCUGUACAGAAGUUUCGUUAGUCUGUAGGAUGUAUUCUUGGUGUGCAACCACAUGACCAGGAAUCUCCUAGAACAAAUCWAUUGCUGCAUGUUGGAUGAAUGAACAAGAGAAGCUUAUAAGUAACGCUUUGUGACAUUCGUCCAACAUGGCAGCGAUAACGUAACUUGCACGCCAAGAAUUCUGUGUCCAUUUCACUGCACUGCGCACUAGACUCAUCCACAGGUAUCACAAAGAGUCGCGGGUUUCCUGUGUUUUUGCUAUCAGCCAGAAGAGGGAGAGUGAGAGCGAGAGAGGGAAGGCACUAGUCCCUAGCGGGCAAUUGGACUUUGACAAAGGAAGCCCAAAGGGUGAAAAAAAAAAACGUUGCCUGGCGAGGAAGUUUAGCAGUGCCGUACAAAUCCUACGAAAAAAGGAAGAAGCUAAGCAUGGCAGUAAUUGGCAUGAUGAUUGGCAUUGGAUUCAGCGUGUCUAAUGUUCUGCGACUAUUUUUUUUUUUUUUUUUUGUGGCUCGAUCCAUUUGUUGCUUUUUGAUCUUGUCAAAGGUUUAUGUUUUGUACAUAAUACAUUAAAUGUUAUCAAGAAAAAUGUAGGCGCCCUCCAUCCGAGACAUGGGGUGUGGGAUCAGGGAUAAGCGUUAUUUUGGGAUCAGGGAUCAGAGUGUUUGCUUUGGGAUCAGGAUCACAAGUUACUUUGUUCGGCCUGAAAAUUUUCAAUUAUGGAUGCAUGUGAUCAAAUAUGAACAAAAAUUACAAUUUAAUCAGGGAUUACAAUUUUGGUCAAUUAACGGGAUCACCAGUAAAAAAAGCUCUUGGAGGAACAAUCAGUCUUACAAACUGACAGAACUUGCAGACUAAUCGGGUAAGAUUAGAAAAUUGGGCUUUUUGUUUUUACUUGUUUUCUUAUUGGUUUGCUUUUCGUUUUUUUGUUUUGUUUGCUUUUGAAGUCUCUGACAAAAAUUGUGUCUCAAAUGCAUAUGACAUAACAAGGAAGUGUAUUGAAAACAAGGAAGUAAGAAAAAAGGUAUUUUACGACAUAAUUUGCUUUCAUAUGUAAUGAUAUGAUCAAUAGAAUAUUGCAUGGUCGCUUGGAGAUACGAAUUUUAUCUUCUCGUAUUGAAAAUCUACGUUCACUCGUGAGAGAUCUUUUCUCGUAUUGAAAAUCUACGUUCACUCGUGAGAGAUCUUUUCAACACUCGAAGAUAAAAUCCGUAUCCCCGCGCGCCCAUGUAAUAUCCUCUAUAUAUUAAAUACAACGCGAAUUUUAAUGUACACACAGACAAAAAGAAAAGCUGGUAAAAACUCGGUUCGCACGCAAAGCUUGAUUUUCAAAUGUGUUAUAUUUUUCUUUCUUUAUAAACGUUUUCUAAAAAGAAGGACCUAAUCACUACACCUUUCUUUUGACUUCCAAACCCUCCUUUUGUGUCUAUUCUUUUAUGUCACUAAAAUUAAUUAAAGCUAGGAAAAGAUUUCUUUGUACUCAGCCCAAUUUGCAAUUCUAAUCAGAUGACGCUUGCGUGACAUUUUGACAAAUACAAAACACUCUCUGAAAAAGCCAUUCAGAAAUUCUAUUGUAGAAAAAUAUUGAAUAGAUUGUUUUGAAUUUUGCCCGGAUAUUUUGGCCAUCACUCGAAAGCUUCUAAGUGUUUUCAAAAGGCAUCCGUGUUCAUUCGUAGAUAAUCUUUGUUGUUUUUAUUUUUCGUCGAAUAAUGGAAAAACAUUGAAGCUACCCAUAUUUAGAACUAACACUACACGGACAAAUAACAAAACAUUCCUAGGUAACUACAUUAUAUGAUAAAAGAAAUACCUCUGCAAAAUAGAUAUAACUGACUAGAAACCCUGUUGCAGUUCAUGUGGUUUGAAAAGAUAUUAAAAUUUAAAGAAAUUUUGGA